AUCACAAAAGAAAGUUUGCGUUAGAUGAACGCAUAGACCGCUUCAGGUCAGGUUAGAGAGAGAGAGAAGAGAGAGGAAGAACGAAAAUGGAAGAAGAUUGGUUUGAAGAGACGGUUAUUUUCUCCAUCGUGAAAGACAUAGUCCAUGACGAUGUUGAUGAUGAUGAUGGAUCUUCCUCUUGGGAAAUCAUCGGCCAAUCAUCAUCAGACGACGAUGAAUUUGAUUGUUACUCUCUCGACGACGAUGACGAUUUAUCACUCGCCUCUCAUUUCUCCAUCGGAUCUUCAUCUGGUAAGAAACCGAUCAUCGAUGCACCUCUUGAUACCUCUUGUGUAGAUAUUCCUUGUAUUUUGGUGAAAGAUUUGUCGUUCGGUUACGUGGAGGAGGUAAUCGACGAAGAGGAUGAUGUUGAAGAAGAAGGAGAUGAGGAUGGAUCUAUGGAUGAAUCUGAUGAAUAUGAUUUAGAUGAUGAAUUGGUACCUAUGUGUGUUAGCGAUCGAUUUGAGAAACAGAGGAUUAGGAAAAUAGGAAAGAGGGCUUAUCCAAGGAUGAACAAGUCGAAGAAGAUGCCUCAUUACUACAAUCGUCCUGGUUGCGUAUACGGUAAGCAUGGUUUGGGUUUGAAACACAGUAUCUAGAAAUAGAAAUGAUGGAUAGAUUUUAUGUAAAUAAGGCUAUAUACCGCCAGGAAUUAGGGCUCGCUCUCUGUAUAGUUUCUGUGGCGUCUAAUUUGAUGUUUUUUUUUCUUCUUCAAUUCUCUAGAAUUUCCUUCAUCAAUCGAUCGAUCAAUCAAUCAAUCUAGGUCAUAAUAGAUUUGAUUUGAUUUCAUUUCUUUGACAUUAUCUUGAUUUCAAGAUUGUUCUUUGGUCUGAAUCUGAUCUUCUCAUCUAUAUGCAUGAUGUAAUAGUGUAAUUUCAAUUCAAUUGGAUCUUUCUUAAUUUUCAUAUUAUCUUUUCAUUUGUUUAUAUGA